UCUCCCUGCGAAAAGUAGGGGAGCAAACAGUGUCGAACAGGCCGCUGGCUGUUUGUCACAAGGACGUAAUGCUUCAGUGCGGAAGUUGUCGAGUCCUCCUGGCCAGCCAGUGCUGGAGCUUCGCUGUCAGACGCAGCUUUAGCAGCUCUUAUGAUGUGGCAAUUAUUGGUGGGGGCAUCGUGGGGCUUGCAAGUGCCCGAGAACUCAGCCUGCGGCACUCCAACCUGAGCUUCAUUAUCCUGGAGAAAGAAAAUGAACUGGCUUUACACCAGAGUGGUCAUAACAGUGGUGUGAUCCACAGUGGGAUUUACUAUACACCAGGGUCACUGAAGGCCAGGCUUUGUGUGCGUGGUGCAGAUCUCUCCUAUAAGUAUUUUGACAAGAAGGGCAUUCCCUACAAGCGCUGUGGCAAGCUCAUUGUUGCAGUGGAGCAAGAGGAGAUCCCACGGCUUAAGGCCUUAUAUGAAAAAGGUAUUAAAAAUAAUGUUCGUGAUCUCAGAUUGAUUGAUUCCAAGGAGAUCAGAGAAAGAGAGCCCUACUGCAGGGGUUUGAUGGCUCUUGACUCUCCUUAUACUGGUAUUGUGGACUGGCGUCUUGCUGCUCUUACCUAUGCCAAAGAUUUCCAAGAAAUGGGUGGUAAAGUAGUCACUGAAUUUGAAGCCAUAAACAUCAAGAUCUCUACAGAGAGCCGUGAAGGAAGUGAAGAAGGAAUGAAGUACCCAAUAAUAAUGAAAAGCUCACAGGGGGCAGAGGUACGAUGUCGCUAUGUGUUGACCUGUGGUGGACUUUACUCUGAUCGCCUAUCCCAAAUCUCUGGCUGCAGCCCAGAACCUCGCAUUGUCCCAUUCCGUGGAGACUACCUCAUUUUGAAACCUGAAAAGCACUAUCUAGUUAAAGGCAACAUCUACCCGGUUCCAGACCCCAAAUUUCCUUUCCUUGGAGUUCACUUCACCCCACGAAUGGAUGGAAGCAUCUGGCUGGGACCCAAUGCAGUCCUGGCUUUCAAAAGAGAGGGCUACCAGUUGUAUGAUUUCAACUUGCGUGAUUUUGCAGAUGCCCUCAGUUUCAGAGGUCUACAUAAAUUAGUGUAUCGCAAUAUCACUUAUGGGAUUGGUGAAAUGUACAGAAGCCUCAUCAUCAGUGCACAAGUAAAACUGCUGCAGAAAUACAUACCAGAGCUCUCUUCCAGUGAUGUUCUCAGGGGUCCUUCAGGAGUACGAGCACAGGCUUUAGAUCGUAAUGGAAACCUCGUGGACGACUUUGUGUUUGAUGGUGGACCUGGCGAGUUAGGAAGCCGUGUUCUUCAUGUGAGAAAUGCACCAUCCCCUGCAGCUACUUCAUCCUUGGCUAUUGGAGAAAUGAUUGCAGAGGAAGUUCAAAAGAGGUUUGAGCUCUGAAGUGAUUGGGUUAGCUGAAUAACCAGUCAUUGCCGAGUAAGGACCUGAAGAAGUAAGAAUAUGCUGGAACCAAUAAUGUUUACAGAAGUUCUCUGUUGUUGAAUAUCUACUUAUUAACACUGAAAGGACAGUGGCAUGCAUGGAAUAAUCAAAAUAAGCAGCAGAUAAAAUAGAAGUUUUUUUUUUUUUUAUUAUUUACAUGCUUCCACAGAUCGAUAGAUAAAUGUCUUUUUAUAACAGCCUUCCCAUUUAGCAGUGGAACAGAAUUUGUUAAUGUACUUCCUUUUUUAACUAUGCAACAUAAAUGAAAUGCUUUCUUCUCUGAUUUUUUUCUCUUAGGUUACUGUUUUGCAGUACUUAUUUCAUAAUUCAUGAUAUCAUUAUCCUUGGCAUACAUUUAAGAUGGCAUCAUUGUAUUUUCUCACCAUGAAGAGAUGCAUGGUAUUUUUUUACAACUCUGUUGAGAUGGAAUGUUUUGACGUAUAACUUUGUUUACUGAGACAUUUAGGAGACACACUGACCUGCUACUGAUCUCCCCCUUCUAAGUUUUGCUAUUAUUGAAAACUGAGCAGCAUUGCAUGAUUUUAAAGCAGUUAAUUGGUGGAUAAAUUAUUGGACCCUGGUUUCAAUAGGGAUUACUUGUGUGUUAACUAUAGCGGAUAUGUCAUUAGCUGCUAGUGUAAAUCUAAAACUGCUGUUUUGGGUGAAUGCUUUGAAUCCAGAAGCUAGCAAUUCAAACUUUUACUGGUUGGAGAAGUACCUGGGAAUUAAUACAGUGUUGCUGAUGUCUUCAAAUAGACUCACAGCUCUUAUUGCACUGUGUUUGUUGUCUUUGUCUCCAGAAGUUUACCCCUUGCUACAGUUUUGAAAAUUGAGAAUUGAUUUUCUCUAAUUUCUUAAGAAUAGUAUGGCUGCAUAAUAUUUAUUUCAAUAUAAUUUGGAUGUGAAGAAAUUAAGCCUGGGAAAUAGACUUUUUGGAAAAUUUCUCAGUCCUAAGGUUUUGCUUAAAAUUGAACCAUCAUUGUUCACAAUAUACUGUGAUCAUCAUACCAGUUAGGAUAAUUAGUACAUCUGUAGAAUUAAUGUGACGGUUUUUUCAGAUAUUCUCAGAAUUGGCAAAAAUCUUCUAAGAAUGCUUCUAAUUCCAAACAGGCUGCUAAACUAUUCCUUGUGAGGGAAGGAAAAAUAAGAUUGUUGUUUUUUUUGGGUUUUUUUUUGAGUCCUCCAAAAGCACAAUGUUGCUUUAGAUUGUACAUAAAGUUAUGUAUAAUUUUACUCAUUCAUUUUUUGGCUGUCAUUGAUCAAGUUAUAAGAAGAAAGUGCCUUUAACUGUGAAACUUAUUGAACUUAUUUUAGGAUUUGGCUCAGGAGAGAGGCUAUUCACACAAGGCCAUCAAUACAGAUAAGCCUUUUUAACAGAACUGAAGUAGCAGUGUUGUUAGUAAAUAUUAUUGUUAAACUCAGGGUUUUCAAAAUAUUUUUUUCAGGUUUUUAAUCUUAAGCGCAAGAAGUCCAACAUAGUAAAAUAAAAUUCUUUUGUUGUCUGCUGUCUGAACAAAAAGAAGUCCAUCGUGAUUUAAAAAUAAAAAUACAUACAAUGAAAUUGUGCUUUCUAACUUAGGAAAUUCUGAUGAAUUGUAUUUUUGGCAUAUUUAUUUAAAAUGUGUUAUUGGCUAAAAAAAACAAAAGAAAUGCUUUAAAGGGCUGAGUUCCUGAGGAGUCUUUACAUUAAAUGUUUAAGGUACUGUUGGUCAAGUGAUUUUUUUUUUUUUAUUAAUAAAGUAUCUUUUUUUUUUUUUUUUUUACUGUUCUUGCGUGCCUCUGGAGUUUUUUAUCUUGUAAAGGAAAAAAAUUAACAUAAAUGGCUACACUGUAAUGUACUUUAAUUAACCUGAUGAGGCACUAAUACAGUAAUUUUUUUGAGGCACUAUAGCUUCUCAAGCAGCAUUGGGUUGAAGACAGAAGUGGCCAUCAUGAGACAUGUUUGUACACACUGCAUGCCUGGCUAAUUUAGACAACUUAACAGGUUGUCUUUAAAUCAGUGUUUCCAGAAGAAAUGUUCCAUUAACUUGCCAGACCUUUAACAUUCCUCACAGAAGAGGCUGCAGUAUGACCUACAAAGCAGGAGGCGCUAAGCACAAGCUCAUUCCGGACCUGCCUGCACCCACCCACUCUCAUAGCAUGUCAAUGGCAGUCCCCAACUAAGCAAUAACACCAUUUUAUUAUUCCAUAUGUGCUACCUUUUCAUAUUAUUGAAUUACUUGUUAGCACACACAUUCAUUUGUUCACUAUGUAUGGGUCACAUGAUGGACCACAUUUUAGCACUUAAUCCCCAAGCUACAGAGUCUUGGAUUGGACAUCUGGCUAAUUAUCUCGUGAUGCUUUAGUUUUCCAUUGUCAUACUGAAGACCUGCUGUUAGGUUAAAUGGUGAAUGUAUACAGGUCUGUAUAAGUGAGUGUAGGUGUGCCUUGUGAUGGCUGCUACUAUCUACCAUGCAAUCAGUGGUGCAGAGAUAGUCUAGCAUGGUCUAUUGUGCUAAAUGUGAUGGAAUAAGUUUGAAAAUAGAUAAAUAGAUGCAUCCAGUGUAUGUUUAAAUGUAAAUGAAUUGUAAUUAGAAAAAAAAUUUUCAUCGGCACAGAUCGACCCACAAUGUCAGUCUUUUCUUGAAUAUAGUUCCCCUUCAACAUCCAUAACAAUCGUAGAUCUUUGGCCUUUCUCUUGAACUUUUUGUUUUAAUUGCUUUUCAGUACUUUUUAAUUUGAGUUUUAAAAAAAUUCUCCACUAGUUCGUCAGUUAUAGUAGCUCUCAAACUCUGUUAUGGUGACUGCCUGUACCAGCAUAUUGUUAUUGCAACCAACUUCAAAUUAUAAUUGGAUUGCCACCCUAAUUAAACAAGCUGUUAUUUCCCA